AAUCUGCUUUCUUUCAGUUUGGAAAUAACAAUAACUACAUGAAUAUGGCUGAGGCAAACAACGCUUUCUUUGCAGCCAGUGAGCAGACAUUUCAUACGCCAAGUCUUGGGGAUGAGGAGUUUGAAAUUCCCCCGAUCACGCCUCCUCCAGAGUCAGACCCCGCCCUGGGCAUGCCCGAUGUGCUUCUACCCUUUCAAGGCCUCAGCGACCCGUUGCCUUCCCAGGGAAGUGAAUUCACACCCCAGUUUCCCCCUCAAAGCCUGGAUCUUCCUUCCAUUACAAUCUCAAGAAAUCUCGUGGAACAAGAUGGCGUGCUUCAUAGCAGUGGGUUGCAUAUGGAUCAGAGCCACACACAAGUUUCACAGUACCGGCAGGAUCCUUCCUUGAUCAUGAGGUCCAUUGUGCACAUGACAGAUGCUGCUCGCUCUGGGAUCAUGCCUCCUGCCCAGCUCACCACCAUCAACCAGUCUCAGCUCAGCACCCAGUUGGGGUUGAAUUUGGGAGGUGCCAGUGUGCCCCACACAUCUCCUUCACCUCCAGCAAGCAAAUCGGCAACCCCCUCUCCUUCCAGCUCCAUCAAUGAAGAGGAUGCUGAUGAAUCCAACAGGGCCAUUGGAGAGAAAAGAGCUGCUCCAGAUUCUGGCAAGAAGCCCAAGACUCCAAAGAAAAAGAAAAAGAAAGAUCCCAAUGAGCCACAGAAGCCAGUGUCAGCAUAUGCCCUGUUUUUCAGAGACACACAGGCUGCGAUUAAAGGUCAAAACCCCAAUGCAACCUUUGGAGAGGUCUCAAAAAUCGUAGCAUCUAUGUGGGACAGCCUUGGAGAAGAACAAAAGCAGGUAUAUAAAAGGAAAACGGAAGCUGCCAAAAAAGAAUACUUGAAGGCCCUGGCUGCAUACAGGGCCAGCCUCGUUUCUAAGGCUGCUGCUGAAUCAGCAGAAGCCCAGACCAUUCGUUCUGUUCAGCAGACCCUGGCGUCCACCAAUCUGACAUCCUCCCUCCUUCUCAGCCCUCCGCUGUCUCAACAUGGAACAGUCUCAGCGUCACCUCAGACUCUCCAGCAAUCACUCCCUAGGUCAAUUGCUCCCAAACCCUUAACCAUGAGACUCCCCAUGAACCAGAUUGUCACAUCAGUCACCAUCGCGGCCAACAUGCCAUCGAACCUUGGGGCUCCGCUCAUCAGCUCCCUGGGAACCACCUUGGUUGGCUCAGCAUCCUCGACCCAAGUGAGCCCUUCAGUGCAAACCCAGCAGCAUCAGAUGCAGCUGCAGCAGCAGCAGCAGCAGCAGCAGCAGCAGCAGCAGAUGCAACAGAUGCAGCAGCAGCAACUCCAGCAGCACCAAAUGCAUCAGCAGAUCCAGCAGCAGAUGCAGCAGCAGCAUUUCCAACACCACAUGCAGCAGCACCUGCAGCAGCAGCAGCAUCUCCAGCAGCAAAUCAGCCAACAGCAGCUGCAGCAGCAGCUGCAGCAGCACAUCCAGCUGCAGCAGCUGCAACAUAUGCAGCAUCAGUCCCAGCCUUCCCCUCGGCAGCACUCCCCCGUCACCUCGCAGAUCACGUCCCCCAUCCCCGCCAUUGGCAGCCCCCAGCCAGCCUCUCAGCAGCACCAGUCGCAAAUACAGUCUCAGACACAGACUCAAGUAUUAUCACAGGCUAUACCUACAAUAUGUGAAUCAAACCGUUUCCCGAAUCCUGGGACAUACCGGUGACUAUAAACUGGCCUCUCUGAGUCCUUGAAAAUGGCCUUAUUUCUCCAGAAGUGAAUAAACCACACUUCAAGGCUAUUUGAACUUCCGAAGCCCUCAAAAUAAAAAGCACAGUUGUAACUACCUGAAAUAUGAAGAUCCAGUUUCAUACAAACAUUUGUAUGAUGUGAAUUGUUGAUGGCAUUUUUUUGUCAUAAAAAAAUAAUGUAAAUCACAGACUUUUGCCAAAGCUCUUAUUUUUUUUCUCCUAAAUCUCUCCAGAAAAAAAAAAUGCAAGUGAUUAGAUUCAAUUAUUGACUCAUUUCCACUUUUUACCCAUGACUUCUCCAAAUCGAACCACAGUGUGUGUUGUAACAAUAUCUAUGACCACUGUUAGCCCAUUAUAUUCAUUCCAAUUAGAAGAAAAGAAUGUGAAUAUUAUAUUCUGUGUUUUGAGUGACAAGUUUCGAAAAAUAAAAACACUGUAUUUUUAAAAGGGAAAUGCACUUAAAUGAAAACAGUUAUUACAAAAGUUAAGAUUUAAAAAAAAAAAGCAAGAGUUUUUAUUAUGAUGUUAAUGCCGGUGGAAUAUUUAAAAGGCGCACCACAUCGGAAUAAUCAAUGUAAAUAUUUUCUUUCAAAGUUGUAAGUUUUCAUAUCAUGUGUUGUAAAGUUUUCAUAAACGAGGCUUUAACGUAAACACUGGUGACAUAAACCAUUCAUUGCUACGUUGCUUAUUGUGUUUUUAUGCUGUUUUAUACUUUUUUAUGAGUUAUGAUAGCAGCAAUUAAGUUGUUUGUAUUUUGCUUAACUAAAACAAAAAUGCUUUUAUCUUGCUAUAGAAUAAACACAUUUCAGUAAAAACUGUGGACUGUAUUUUGAUGCAACAAUCAGGAAACUGUUCACUUUUCAAAUAAAAUGAUAUGUCAAAUUUCACUUUCGGUUCC